UCUUAAAUCUGUUUGACAAUUUCCAAGGAAAGUAUAUUUUAUUAAAUUUAUGGGACCAUUGCCAAGGAAGGUAUAUUUCUUAAAUUUUUUGGACAAUUUCCAAUGAGGGUACAUUCUUCUAUGCCAAGAGCUAAUUUAAAAAUCCAUGGACUACCCACCUAAUAAGGCGAUAUUUUGUUCUUAUGACUGAAUUAGUAAACAGCCGUCAACACCCAGAAUGGUGUAAUCAGUAGUAUGAGAUACUGAAAGCUGCAAGUAUGACACCAAUGCAGAGGAAUGACAAAUCACGCGCCGAUAUUCUGUUAGCAGACCUAAAAGAUAAUUAAAAUCGAGCGUUGCUAUUCUGUAAGGAAAUCUACUUUUCAUACAGAAGCUGAAAGCAAAUGAAAAUGUGAAAAAAGGAUUUCUUUUCCAGGCCAUGUUUCUGCUUAUGACGGUUCAUAUUUAUCAGUUUGUGAAAGAUCCUCCAGGAUAGUAGAAGAUUCUUAAGCAAGGGCUGAUAAUGUUUCAUGUGCAAAAUGAAAGUACUUUGCAUUGAAGAUAUAAUAUCAAAUUUGAACCUGUAAUGGAGUCAUUUCAACAUGGAAGUAAGAAUAAUAACGCUCAGGGAGAAAACUCUGAUAUUGUGAGUAAUAGCCACUUUAUGUCAGAAACUUCAACCAAAAAUGCUCAGGAGUCCAGGACUGGUACUGAACUAAACGGCAUCAACGAAAGCGAAAGUUGCAUAGAGAAAAGGGGAUUCCUAGAGAAUCGAGAAGUUGAAGGCCACAGGCCUUUGACAUUUUUCAGGGUAAUAAGAGGCAUAUCAUGUUUACUGAUUCUCGUUUCAACGGCUUUUAUGACCUUGAUUUUCUUGGCACCUGUUUCAUCCCUUAUACUGCGGUUGUUUAGCAUACAUUAUAGUAGGGAGGCAACAUCUUUCUUGUUUGGCCACUGGUUGGAAAUGUGGCCUUUCUUAUUUGAAAAGAUAAAUAAGACAAAAGUUAUAUUUUCUGGACAUUGUGUUGCUCCAAGAGAACGCAUUCUAUUAAUUUCCAACCACAGGACAGAGGUAGAUUGGAUGUACUUGUGGAACUUUGCAUUACGCAAGAAUUCCCUGGGUUAUAUCAAGUACAUUCUGAAAAGCAGCGUGCGUAAUGCACCCAUUUUUGGUUGGGGUUUCCACAUUCUUGAGUUUAUUCUGGUUGAGAGGAAAUGGGAGCAGGACAAGCCAGUGAUAGAAUCAAUGCUUUCAACAUUCAAGGACCCACAAGAUCCACUGUGGCUUGUUCUCUUCCCAGAGGGCACUGACUUCACAGAGGAGAAGUGCAGACGAAGUCGAAAGUUUGCUGAAGAACAUGGCUUACCUGUUCUAAACAAUGUGCUUUUGCCUAGAACAAAAGGUUUUGCUUCUUCCUUGGCUUUACUUAGAGGUUCGCUGGAUGCAGUUUAUGAUGUUACAAUAGGCUACAAUUAUCGAUGCCCUACUUUCAUGGAUAAUGUGUUUGGCAUGGAUCCAGCUGAAGUUCAUAUUCAUGUUCGCCGUGUGCCAAUAAAUGAAAUGCCAACAUCUGAGGAUGCAGUUGCAUGUUGGCUGAAUGAUGCUUUUCACUAUAAGGAUGAAUUGCUUUCCACUUUCUCUGUGAAAGGUUGCUUUCCAGAUUCUGAUGUUGAAGGGGAGCUUCCGACCUUUAAAUGCCUGUUGAACUUUGCAGUGAUGGUUAUUGCAACAGCUCUCAUUUUCACUUUCACCAUUGUUUUUUCUACAUGGUUGAAAAUAUACGUUGCAUUAAGCUGUGUGUAUUUUGCGGGAGCCACCUACUUCAACUUUUGGCCAACACCUGUGUUUGGGUGUUUAGCAGGAAGAAUGUCACAUGGAAAGACAUAUAAGUAGUCAAAUUGUGAUUAGUGACUAAUGUCUCGCUUCUGCCAUAAAUAUACACUCACUUUUUAUGGUAAAUUUCCUGAUCGAGUGAAACAUGUCUUGACUCUUCAUUGAUAAGCAAGGAGUAGGGUAGAAUCUAGUUCAUGGUACAUUGAUAAUCCAUUUGUUGUCUCUGCUUUAAUAUACCAUAAAGGAGGCCUUUGUAUGGAAUCUAUUAUUUCCAUGCUCAGAAAACAGAUUUGAUGUUGUGAUAUAGUCUUUGAAUUUCUGACUCUGCACUUUGCCUAACCAUAUCAACUUUUGGUCUAUAAAUAUUGAUAUAUGAUGGCUUACAGUCAUCUUUGAAUU